AUGUUAAUCACCUCUAAACAGCUGAAUCAAUUCAUUCUUUAUUUGGAACUUUACAAUGUAUUUGUUUUACACGUUCGAACACUUACUGUCGUCGUCACGACACCUCCGCGAAUUUUCGAACGUGUUAGAACUCACGGAUUAAAGUUCUUGGAAUUAUUGAAUAGAGAUUUAUUGGUUCUGUUAACACCUUAUCGACGCAAUUUUGUUUAG